AAUAUGCAGAACCAACAACUACACUCGUUUUCUAUAUUUGCGUUUUGUGAUCAUGAAUUCCUCGUCCAUUAUUUAUAUUCUUGUCUUUGUCCAGCUUUGGUUGUUGAGCUUACCAUGCAGAGAGAGUGUGUGCAUCCCAAGUGAGCGUGAGACACUUUUGAAGAUUAAGAAUAAUCUGAAUGAUUCUUCAAAUAGGCUUUGGUCUUGGAAUCAUAAUAAUACCAACUGUUGCCACUGGUAUGGAGUCCUCUGCCACAACCUUACUUCCCAUGUUCUUCAGCUUCACCUCCACACUACACCUCCUGCUUCUUUCGAUGAUUGGGAAGCUUUUAGGAGAUGGAGCUUUGGUGGAGAGAUAAGUCCUUGUUUGGCUGAUUUAAAGCAUUUGAAUUACUUGGACUUGAGCGCCAAUGUAUUCCUUGGAGAAGGUAUGUCAAUUCCUUCUUUCCUUGGGACAAUGACUUCCUUGACUCACCUCAACCUCUCUCUUACUGGAUUCCGUGGGAAGAUUCCUCCUCAGAUUGGGAAUCUCUCAAAUUUGGUGUAUCUUGACCUGAGUUCUGUUUUUGCCAACGGAACAGUACCCUCUCAGAUCGGGAAUCUCUCUAAGCUUCAAUAUCUUGACUUGAGCGGCAAUUAUUUCCUUGGAGAAGGUAUGGCAAUUCCUUCUUUCCUUUGUGCAAUAACCUCCUUGACUCACCUCGACCUCUCUCUUACUGGACUCAUGGGGAAGAUUCCAUCUCAGAUUGGGAAUCUCUCCAAUUUGGUCUAUCUUGGCCUUGGAGGUUAUUCUGAUUUCGAACCUCCUCUGUUUGCUGAAAAUGUAGAAUGGCUAUCAAGUAUGUGGAAGCUUGAAUAUCUUUAUUUGAGUAAUGCAAACCUAUCCAAAGCAUUUCAUUGGCUACACACUCUCCAAUCUCUUCCUUCUUUGACCCACCUAUAUUUGUCACACUGCACACUCCCUCACUAUAAUGAACCAUCCUUGCUCAACUUCUCAUCUCUGCAAACUCUCCAUCUUUCCGAUACUAGUUAUUCCCCUGCCAUUUCUUUUGUCCCCAAGUGGAUAUUCAAAUUGAAGAAACUUGUUUCUCUUCAAUUACGGGGUAAUAAAUUCCAAGGUCCGAUUCCUUGUGGUAUCCGAAACCUCACACUUCUUCAAAAUCUUGACUUGUCUGGAAAUUCAUUCUCAUCUUCUAUACCUGAUUGCUUAUACGGUCUUCAUCGUCUCAAGUCUUUGGACCUAAGAUCCAGCAACUUGCAUGGGACUAUUUCUGAUGCCCUGGGAAAUUUGACUUCUCUUGUUGAACUUGAUUUGUCAUACAAUCAACUUGAAGGAACCAUUCCAACUUCUUUGGGAAAUUUGACUUCUCUUGUUGCACUUUAUUUGUCAUAUAAUCAACUUGAAGGAACAAUUCCGACUUUUUUGGGAAAUCUCCGCAACUCAAGGGAGAUAGAUUUAACAUAUCUCGAUCUCUCUAUUAAUAAAUUCAGUGGAAAUCCAUUUGAAAGUCUUGGAUCACUCUCUAAAUUGUCAUCUCUUUGGAUUGAUGGCAAUAAUUUUCAAGGAGUUGUCAAGGAAGAUGAUCUUGCAAAUCUUACAAGCUUGACGGAUUUUGGUGCAUCGGGAAACAAUUUCACUUUAAAAGUGGGUCCCAAUUGGAUUCCUAAUUUUCAACUUACCUAUUUGGAAGUGACAUCAUGGCAGUUAGGUCCCAGCUUUCCAUUGUGGAUUCAGUCACAAAACAAACUUAAAUAUGUUGGACUAUCUAACACGGGGAUUUUCGAUUCUAUUCCCACUUGGUUCUGGGAAGCACAUUCUCAGGUUUUGUAUUUAAACCUCUCUCAUAAUCAUAUCCGUGGUGAGCUUGUGACUACAAUAAAAAAUCCAAUAUCUAUCCAAACUGUUGAUCUAAGCACAAAUCACUUAUGUGGUAAAUUACCCUAUCUUUCAAAUGAUGUGUAUGACUUAGACCUUUCAACCAAUUCAUUCUCUGAAUCCAUGCAAGAUUUUUUAUGUAACAAUCAGGACAAGCCAAUGCAAUUAGAAUUUCUCAAUCUUGCAUCCAAUAAUCUGUCAGGAGAAAUACCUGAUUGUUGGAUUAAUUGGCCAUUUCUAGUGGAAGUGAAUUUACAAAGCAACCAUUUUGUUGGGAACUUCCCCCCAUCCAUGGGUUCCUUGGCUGAGCUGCAGUCAUUAGAAAUUCGUAACAACUUGCUCUCGGGAAUAUUUCCUACCAGUUUGAAGAAGACUAGCCAAUUGAUAUCCUUGGAUCUUGGAGAAAAUAAUCUUUCAGGAUGUAUUCCAACAUGGGUUGGAGAAAAGCUCUCAAAUAUGAAAAUCCUCCGCCUUCGAUCAAACAGUUUUUCCGGUCACAUUCCAAAUGAAAUAUUUCAGAUGAGUCUUCUUCAGGUUUUAGACCUUGCAAAAAAUAAUUUUUCUGGCAAUAUACCCAGCUGUUUCCGUAACUUGAGUGCCAUGACACUAGUGAACCGGAGUACAUAUCCCCGUAUCUAUUCUCAUGCACCAAAUGAUACAUAUUACUCUUCGGUAUCAGGUAUAGUUAGUGUGCUACUAUGGCUAAAAGGAAGAGGAGAUGAGUAUCGAAACAUUCUGGGUUUGGUAACAAGUAUUGAUCUGUCAAGUAACAAAUUAUUAGGAGAUAUUCCUAGAGAAAUCACAGAUCUAAAUGGAUUGAACUUUUUGAACUUGUCCCACAACCAAUUGAUUGGUCCUAUUCCAGAAGGUAUUGGUAAUAUGGGAUCGUUACAAACCAUUGAUCUUUCAAGGAAUCAAAUUUCUGGUGAAAUCCCUCCAACCAUUUCUAAUUUGAGCUUUUUGAGCAUGCUAGACGUGUCUUAUAAUCAUUUGAAGGGAAAAAUUCCAACAGGAACUCAAUUGCAAACCUUUGAUGCCUCCAGCUUUAUUGGCAACAAUCUAUGUGGUCCACCACUGCCCAUAAACUGCAGCUCCAAUGGGAAAACUCAUAGUUAUGAAGGAAGUCAUGGGCAUGGAGUGAAUUGGUUUUUUGUUAGUGCGACAAUUGGAUUUGUUGUGGGACUUUGGAUAGUGAUUGCUCCUUUGCUGAUUUGUAGAUCAUGGCGGCAUGUCUAUUUUCAUUUCCUUGAUCAUGUGUGGUUCAAACUUCAAUCUUUUUCCUCAUAUAGUAUCACUGUUUAGUGUUGCUUACAACCGAUGUUGUAUCAUUGUAUUGCCAGGUUGUUCAAUUUGCAUUGUAGUUAUUGCUAUCUUCUUUCUUCUUUUUUUUUUUUUAUAAAUUUGAGAGUCUUAUUUAAAUUCUGUUUUGGGAUGUACAUAUUUGCAUAUUGAGCAUAUUUGUAGUUAAGAUCAACUAGUUGUUCAAUUCUGUGUA